AUGAGCUCAGCAGCGUUCGACUUGUCUAUCGAAACGUUAGAUACGUGGUGUGAGAAGCUUCUUGGCUGUAAUCCAUUAACAGAAAAUGAGGUGAUGCAAUUAUGUUCCAAGGCUAAGGAGGUUCUAGUACAGGAAUCGAAUGUCCAGCCCGUUCGCUGUCCUGUGACUGUCUGUGGUGACGUUCAUGGCCAAUUUCACGAUCUUAUGGAACUUUUUCGCAUUGGUGGCCAUGCACCAGACACAAACUAUCUAUUUAUGGGCGAUUAUGUCGAUCGUGGCUACUAUAGCGUCGAGACAGUCACAUUACUUGUAUGUCUUAAAGUGCGAUACAAAGAUCGUGUGUUUAUUCUGCGUGGGAACCAUGAAAGUCGUCAAAUUACACAAGUAUAUGGCUUUUACGACGAAUGUCUUCGCAAAUAUGGUAGUCCAAAUGUCUGGCGUUACUUUACGGACGUUUUCGAUUAUUUACCAUUAACUGCAGUCAUUGAGAAUCAAAUCUUUUGUCUUCAUGGAGGACUUUCGCCAUCAAUUGAUACACUUGAUUACAUUCGUGGAUUUGAUCGACUACAAGAGGUACCACAUGAAGGAGCAAUGUGCGAUCUUUUAUGGUCGGAUCCAGAUGAUCGGUCGGGAUGGGGUAUAUCUCCGCGAGGAGCGGGGUACACUUUUGGACAAGAUAUUUCGGACCAAUUUAAUCACGCUAAUGGUCUUACACUAAUUGCUAGAGCCCAUCAGCUAGUUAUGGAGGGAUACAAUUGGUCGCAUAAAUGUAAUGUCGUGACUAUUUUUAGUGCACCAAAUUACUGUUAUCGAUGCGGAAAUGAAGCCGCAAUUAUGGAAGUUGACGAACAGAUGCAGUAUACAUUCUUACAAUUUGACCCAGCGCCACGCCGCGGAGAGCCCCAUGUUUCACGUCGAACGCCAGAUUACUUUUUGUAG